UAUGCGUUUGUUCUUAGCAUUGAUACUGAUUUUGAUGGGUGUAUGCAGUUGAUUCGUGAAGUAACUGCUGAAUUGCCUAUUUAUUUGGCUAAUUCUCUGAACAGUUUGAGGCUUGAAGGACAGAAAACUGCUGCUAUUGAGAUUUUGCAGCAGUUUGAUUGGCAGGUACCUGAUUGGGUUAUUGUACCUGGUGGGAAUCUUGGGAAUAUUUAUGCUUUUUAUAAAGGGUUUCAGAUGUGUAAAGAGUUAGGUCUUGUGGAUAGAAUUCCAAGGCUUGUUUGUGCUCAAGCUGCAAAUGCAAAUCCUUUGUAUUUGUAUUUUAAGUCGGGUUGGAAAGAGUUUAAGCCAGUUAGAGCACAGACAACUUUUGCAUCUGCUAUUCAGAUUGGGGAUCCUGUUUCUAUUGAUAGAGCUGUUCAUGCUUUGAAGAACUGUAAUGGUAUCGUUGAGGAGGCUACUGAGGAAGAAUUGAUGGAUGUUAUGGCUCAGGCUGAUUCGACUGGAAUGUUUACUUGCCCUCACACUGAUUUUGGAUCUGUUAUGGAUGUUUUGUCCAAGUAUUUGCAGAGCAAGGCACCCAAGUAUCAUUAG